UCGCGCGUCUUGUUGUGCGUCCGUGGACCAAACAGCAGCAGCAGCGGUGCGCUUUUUCCUCCUCCAGAGCCGCGGGCAUCCCGGAGCAGUCACGGGCACCAGGAGGAGGAGGAUAGCGCUCUCUUCUUCGUUAUCAUUUUGACUGACUGAGACAUAGAUAUUUUUUCAUUUCCCUAAUGGUAACCAACACCGAGCAGCCGGAGACAUGUGGAAUAAUCUGGGGAAACUACACCGCUUCUCACUAGUGUGUCUCCUCCUGACGCUGCGGGCUGAGGUGUCUCAGUCCACGGGUUACUUCGAGCUGCAGUUGAUUUCGGUGGAAAACCCCAAAGGUCAGCUCCUGAACGGCGACUGCUGCGACGCGGAGAAGAGCGCGGCGGAGGGCCACUGUGGCGCGGACGAGUGCGACACCUACUUCAGAGUGUGUUUAAAGGAAUACCAAACGGAGGUCAACACCAAUGGACCGUGCACCUACGGCUCGGAAACUACUAAGGUUAUCGGUGGGAAUACUUUUCAGUUCAAGGGCGGCCAGAAAACCGGACAAAACCGGAACAAUGACGCCGGGAAGAUCAUCAUCCCCUUCCAGUUCGCGUGGCCGCGAGCGUACACUGUGAUCGUGGACGCGUGGGACAGGGACAACAACACACACAACAACGAUGAGGAGCUGCUGAUUGAACGCAGCAUCCACAAAGGGAUGAUCAACCCCGGGGAGGAGAAGCAGACGGUGGAGUAUAAGAGCCUGAUCGCCACCCUCGAGUACACCAUCCGGGUCCGCUGCGACGAAAACUACUACGGCGGCAAGUGCAACAAAGUCUGCCGUCCCCGUGAUGACUACUUUGGCCACUAUGUCUGCGACCAGCAGGGGAACAGAGGCUGCAUGGAGGGCUGGACGGGGCCGGACUGCAAAACAGCCAUCUGCAAGCAGGGAUGCAGUCUGCAGCACGGGACGUGCAGCGCCCCGGGGGAGUGCAAGUGUAACUACGGCUGGCAGGGUCCGCUCUGUGACGAGUGUCUGCCGUAUCCGGGCUGUGUCCACGGCACCUGCAACGAGCCCUGGCAGUGCGCCUGUGAGAAGAACUGGGGAGGUCUUCUCUGUGACAAAGAUCUCAACUACUGUGGCACCAACCGGCCCUGUAAGAACGGAGGCACGUGUAUGAACACGGAGCCGGACGAGUAUAACUGCGCCUGUCCGGACGGAUACUCGGGCAAGAACUGCGAGAUCGCGGAGCAUGCCUGCGUGUCCAACCCCUGUGCCAACGGAGGAACGUGCCAUGAAGUCCCAUCAGGCUUUGAGUGUCACUGUCCGGCGGGCUGGUCCGGGCCCACCUGUGCUAAAGACACAGAUGAAUGUGCCUCCAGCCCCUGUGCUCAGGGUGGAACCUGCAUGGACAUGGAGAACGGCUUCGAGUGCCUCUGUCCUCCAGAGUGGACGGGCAAGACCUGCCAGAUAGACGUUAAUGAGUGCGCGGGGAGGCCUUGCCACAAUGCUUUAUCUUGCAAAAACUUGAUUGGUGGAUAUCACUGUACCUGCUUUCGUGGAUGGGUUGGCCAGAACUGUGACAUCAAUAUGAACAGCUGUCAUGGCCAGUGUCAGAACGGAGGGACCUGCAAGGAGGUGGCCAGAGGCUACCAGUGUGUCUGCCAAGCAGGGUUUGUGGGUCGGCACUGCGAGGUUCAGAGGAACCGCUGUGCAAGCAGCCCGUGUCGUAAUGGUGGGCGCUGCCACGCCCUGCUGGACGGCUUCAUGUGUGAGUGCCCACAGGGCUUCGCCGGGACGACCUGCGAGGUGCAGAAUGACCCGUGCAGCCCCAACCCAUGUCACAACAAGGCCCAGUGCCACAGCCUGAUGGGAGACUUCUACUGCAGCUGCCCUGACGAUUAUGAGGGCAAAACCUGUUCAGAGCUGAAGGAUCACUGCAAGACCAACCAGUGUGAAGUGAUUGACAGUUGCACCGUAGCCGUGGCAACCAACGACACCCAAAAGCGAGUGUGGCACAUCUCGUCCAACGUGUGCGGUCCCCACGGCCGCUGCAUCAGUCUGCCUGCCGGGAACUUCAGCUGCUCCUGUGAGCCGGGAUUCACUGGCACCUACUGCCACGAGAACAUUAACGACUGUGCAUCAUCUCCCUGUAAGAACGGAGGAACCUGCAUCGAUAUGAUCAACACUUUCCAGUGUUUCUGCCCGGACGGCUGGGAGGGCAGUCUGUGUGAUGUUGAUGUGAAUGAAUGCAACAGAAAUCCGUGUCAGAACGGAGGCCAGUGUGUCGAUCUGCUCAAUGACUUCUACUGCAACUGUGUGGACAACUGGAAAGGAAAGACCUGCCACUCACGUGAGAGCCAGUGCGACUCCACUACCUGCAGUAACGGAGGGACGUGUUAUGACCAUGGAGACUCCUUCUUGUGCAGCUGCCCCUCGGGCUGGGGGGGCAGCACCUGCAACACAGCCAAAAACAGCACAUGUGACUCUGGUCCGUGUGAGAACGGAGGGACGUGUGUCGGAGGAGGAGACGCCUUCACCUGCAUCUGCAAGGACGGCUGGGAGGGGCCCACCUGUGAGCAAAAUGUUGAUGACUGCAACCCUCAUCCCUGCUACAACGGCGGCAUCUGCGUCGACGGCGUGAACUGGUUUCGCUGCGAGUGCGCCCCUGGAUUCGCAGGACCGGACUGCCGCAUCAACAUCGAUGAGUGUCAGUCGUCUCCUUGUGCCGAAGGUUCAACCUGCAUGGACGAAAUCAACGGCUACCGAUGCGUCUGUCCUCCGGGACACGCUGGACAUCGCUGCCAGGACUUCAUCGGACUCGGGAAGUCGUGUCGUCACGCCGGCUUGCAGUUUCCUCACGGCAGCCGGUGGGAGGAGGAGUGUAACGCCUGCCAGUGUGUCAACGGAUACGUCCGCUGCUCCAAGGUGCGGUGCGGCCGGCGGCCCUGCCUCCUCCCGAAGGCUCUGCCUCCUCCAGACUCCAACCCGCCGUCCUGCCCCGGAGGUCACGAGUGCGUGGAGCAUCAGUUCCUCACCUGCUUCUCGCCGCCGUGUCACCAGUGGGGCGUGUGCUCAACGCCCGACCCGCCGACGCCGCUGCACACCCAGUGUGAGCCCAACAGCGGUUACCUGGACAACAGCUGCGCCCGCAUCACGCUCAUCUUCAAGAAGGACAAAGUGCCGCAGGGCACCACUGUAGAGAACAUCUGCUCCGAGCUGAGGUACCUCCCUGUGACUCAGACGCUGGCCGAGGAGCGAGCGCUGCUCAUCCUCUGUGACCUGUCCUACUCCAACAGUGACGCUGUGGAGGUCGCAAUGUCAUUUGAGCAGGACGGGCGGUCGAAGGACAGCGAUCGAGGACAGAUCCAGAAGGCCGCCAGCGCCAUCAUCAGCGCCCUCUCCAAACGUCACAACAGCACUGUGAUGCUCGCCGUGGUGGAGGUCAAAGUGGAGACGCAGGUGCAGCCGCCGCCUGUCGGUUACCUGGUCCCGGUGCUGUGCGUGGUCUUCAGCAUCCUCUGGAUCUUCUGCAUCGUGGUCUGCGUCUGGUGGACCCGCAAGAGGAAGAAAGAUCGCGAGAGAGCGUCCCGCUCCGAGGACACCACGGUCAACAACCGGCUGGAGCCGCUGCGGAGCAACGCCCUGAAGGACAACCGGGACAAAGACAUUCAGUAUGAAUGCAAGAAACUGAUGGGCCCCUCGGACAGGACGUGCGACGGGGCCGAGGGCGAGGAGGAAGGGGAGCAGGAGGGCGAGCAGGAGGAAGACGAGGAGCGGGCACUGGGCAUGGGGGACAAGUGUCCGCCCCAGAAGGGCUCCAUAUCGGGGCCGCAGGACAGGGGGGUGCUGGGGAAGGGAGGGGUCGUCUGCACGGCGCGCAGCGCUCCGGUCAAGGCGCCGCACCGGACGGCGUACAGCCCAAAAGACAACCGGUGUAAAAACCUGAACGCCGCCAAGCUCAGCGAGGACAUUAAAGACCAAUAUGUAUGAACACGCGAGAGGACGAGGAAGAGAAACAAACUGCGAUGUCUUCAGCGUCACUGACUUCUCAACUCUUAAAAAAAAAAGCACCAAAAGUGAAGAUUACAGAUGCUUUAAUUUUCUAUUUUUUUGUGUUCGUCACACCUUAUUUAACGUCUUUGUCUGCAGCACGGAGGCUUGUUUUACCAAAAAGCAACAAAAAAAAUACAGAAAAACAAACAAAAAAAAAGACAUGGAAAAUAAACAAUCACCGCUUCUGGAUUUCUGGUUUUUCUCGUCACUGUUGGAAUCAAGAAGAGUUUUUUUCUUUUCUCCGCUCCUGAUUUUCUGUUUACGUACAAACUGUCACAAUCAGAACUAACGCUUCCUCUCUAACGUCGGCUGGCAGCUGUUCACAUGUCUCUGUGUCUGCCUUAGCCCAAACCUGCGGGCCUUUUCUACUCUGUCUUCAUAUUUGUCUUUUUAUAAAAGAAAACUUAAAAAAAAAAAGAUUUUAUAUACAUUUAAGUCCUUGAAAGUUGGCACAGAGAAUUCACUGUAUCAUACCUGGCAUGAGCAUUUUUUUGUUUACAUUCAUAAACAUCUUUUCCAUUUUGUGUUGAGGCUUAAAGGUUCUUACGUAUAUCCUUUUAAUAAUUACGUCGACGCUUCCUGCGAGUCUACAUGAUGAUUUUUCAGUAUUUGCUUUGGUAGAAAAGUGCCUUCAGCCCUGAUUAUUUUCUCUCCUCCGACAGAGUUUAUGCAGAAUUUAAACACAUAUAAAGGGAAAGAUGUCCUGGUAACAACUCUUCACACCACAGGAAAAGUUAUUUUCUUUGUACAUAUGUAAAUAUGAAAAAAAUGGCUGUGUAUAUUUGAAUUUAGUAACUUAAGUGAUGCUUUGUAUCAUAGUUAUUCUAAAGACUGUUUUUGUGCUUGAUGUUUUUUUAAUGAUGUCAUUCCGUUUAUCAGUGUCUGUUGACACGGCAACAGGUUUUAUACAGAUUUUCGGACUGUGUCCAGAGUCCCACUGAGUCAUGAGCAUCGGUUAAAAAAAAAGAAGAAAAACAGAAAAAAAAACAGGUCAUGAACGUG